AUGAGGGUUACUUUCAGAGAUCUCAAGCAGCAAAAGUUUGUCCUCGACGUUGAGGCUACGGAUUUGAUCUCCACCGUCAAGAACAAGAUUUCUGGAGAGAAAGGAUGGGAUCCCAAGCACCAAAAACUCAUCUACUCUGGAAAAAUUCUAAAGGAUGACGAGACCGUAGCUUCGUACAACAUUGAGGAGAAGGGAUUUGUUGUUUGUAUGGUGAACAAGCCGAAGGAAAAACCUGCCCCUGCCGCCGAACCAUCAUCUGCCGCUCCUCCAACCACGCCCGCCCAACCCGCGGCCAGUACGCCUGCUGCUCCUGCUGCUCCUGCUGCUCCUGCUGCCCCGGCCCAGUCGACUGCCGCCCAGUCAACCGUUCCUGCAACUCCAACCCCCCAACGCUCUGCCGAAGCUGGCGCUGGCGGUCAGAAUAUUUCGGGAUUGGCAAUGGGAGCUGAGCGUGCCGAAGCUAUUACCAAUAUGGAAGCUAUGGGUUUCGAGAGGAGCCAAAUCGAGGCAGCUAUGCGCGCAGCCUUUAAUAACCCCGAUCGAGCUGUUGAAUACCUCUUGAACGGCAUCCCCGAGAACCUUCAACAAGAGCAACAGGCACGUCAAGCUGCAGCAGCUUCCGCUCCCGCUCACGCUCCAGCUCCCGCGCAAACAACACCGUCUACGCAGGCAGGUGACGACGACGGUGGCAUCAACCUGUUUGACCUUGCUGCUCAGCAAGGCGGCGGCCGUGGAGCAAGUGGUAGCGGGAACGUUGCGGCUGCUGCUUCCGCUGCUGCCGCCAGCCAGGGGGGAGACUUGGGCAAUCUCGACUUUCUCAGACACAACACCCAGUUUCAGCAGCUCCGUCAAAUGGUCCAGCAGCAGCCGCAGAUGCUGGAGCCUAUUCUGCAGCAGCUGGGCGCAGGGAAUCCACAGCUGGCGCAGCUGAUCGCAUCCAACCCUGACCAGUUCCUUCAGCUCCUCGGCGAGAGCGCUGAUGACGACGUUCCCUUGCCUCCUGGCGCCCAAGCCAUCUCCGUCACGGAGGAGGAGCGUGACGCGAUCGAAAGACUAUGCCGACUUGGCUUCGACCGUGAUCAAGCCAUCCAGGCCUAUUUCGCUUGCGACAAGAACGAAGAGCUAGCCGCCAACUUUUUGUUCGACCAACCUGAUGACGAAGAACCAUCUACGAAUUAA